UCCCUCCCGGCGCCUUCAUCGUCUCCGGCGCCUUCGUCGGUCUCCGGCGCCUUCGUCGGUCUCCGGCGCCACUUCGAAGACCAGAAUCUUCCAUGGAUGAUUUAUUCUCUUCGCAUCCGAUGAUUAGGGUGAACUUGGUUCAAAUUGUAGGGAUGGUAGUACGAACAACGAGAAUCAAAUUUCAAAUAACCUAAACUUACUUCCAGCAGUUACUUGAAUUUUAUUACAUUGAAAUUUCUUAGGUUACAGGAGGAAGCUUUGCUAACCAGUGAUCGAAUUCACACAUUCAAAUUCUUCAGUAUGAAGCAUUUCUUCAAGAGCAACAAUUUCCAUAUCAUCAUCUACCCGCGGAAGUCUUAUUUAUCAGCAAAUCAGCAAGUUCUAGCACUCUCUACCUCAGUUGUAAGCGCGUCGAUAACCCAAGAAAUCACUCCCAUUUUAAUCGAAAGACCCAGAAAUCUAAGAUAUAAUCUCGCGAAACUUCUCCAGUUGUCUCCUUCAGUAAACAAUAUUCUUCAUUACAAAUCAGUUCAUGGGAAGAUUGUGGAGUCCGGUUUACAGUCAGAUACAUUCCUUGUCAAUAUACUUAUAAGUGCAUAUUCCAGAUGUGGUUACUUGUCGAAUGCAUACCAGCUGUUUGAUAGAUUGUCUGAGAGAAAUCUGGUGACUUGGUCGGCUGUCAUUUCAAUGUAUGCUCGACAUGGUCAUAAUGAUGAAGCCUUUUCGUUGUUCUUGAAAUUUAAUGAAAGUUCUAAUGAGAAGCCAAAUGAAUUCAUACUGGCUAGUAUUCUUCGGGCUUGCACACAAAUGGGUGUUCCAUCGAAAGGAAAACUACUUCAUAGUUUAGUAACUAAGGUUGGGCUUAGUCAAGAUGUCUAUGUCGGUACAGCUUUAGUUGAUUUUUAUUCGAAAAUUGGCAGGAUGGAGGAUGCAAGAACUAUGUUUAGUGAUAUGCCCAUUAAAACGGCUGUUACUUGGACUAUUAUCAUAGCAGGCUAUACGAAAAUCGGAAGGAGUGAUGUCUCAUUGCAAUUGUUUAAUCAAAUGAAGGAAGAACAUUCUGUUCCAGAUAGGUAUGUAUUGUCAAGUGUCUUGAGUGCCUGUUCUACACUCGAGUAUCUCGAAGGAGGAAAGCAGGUUCAUUCUUAUGUCUUGAGGAGGGAACGAGAAAUGGAUGUUUCUGUGAGUAAUGUUCUAUUAGACCUGUAUUUGAAAUGUGGUAAAGUGGGAACUGGAAAACAAUUCUUUCAUAAUAUGAUGAUUAAGAAUGAUAUUACUUGGAGCACAAUGAUUUCAGGCUUCAUGCAGAACUCGUUUCAUUUGGAGGCAUUGAAGCUUUUUAAAGCCAUGGGCCAAUUAGGGUUGAAACCAGACGCGUUUGCUUGUACUAGUAUCUUAACCUCGUGUGGUUCGCUCAGUGCUAUUUGUUUCGGCAAGCAGGUUCAUGCAUAUACUGUGAAGGCUAACAUGGAGUUAGACGAGUUCGUGAGAAAUAGUUUAAUUGAUAUGUACUCAAAAUCCGAUUCUUUAACAGAUGCAAGAAGAGCUUUCGAAGGUAUGUCAAAUCUCAAUGUAGUCUCCUACAAUGCCAUGAUCGAAGGAUACUCAAGACAUGAAAAGCUCGACGAAGCAUUAGAUGUUUUCCACGAGAUGAGGUUUAGAUCAUUCUCCCCUAGCUUUUUAACAUUCGUUAGUCUUCUUGGUGUCUCAGCUUCUCUUUUUGCUGUGAACUUAAGCAAGCAAAUUCACGGGCUCAUUGUUAAAUACGGCGUUUCUUUAGAUGUUUACGCUGGUAGUGCACUUAUCGACGUUUAUUCAAAAUGCACUUUUGUUAAAGAUGCCAGGCUUAUAUUCGAAGAGAUGUUUCAAAACAGAGAUAAUGUAGUAUGGAACGCCAUGCUUUUCGGGUACACACAGCAAUCUGAAAACGAAGAAGCUCUUAAGUUGUAUCGUUUGAUGCAAUUUUCAAACGAGAAACCAAACGAGUUCACUUUCGUCGCUCUAGUAACAGCCUCUAGUAACUUAGUAAGUCUACUGCAUGGCCGACAGUUCCAUGGCCAGCUUGUUAAGACUGGUUUGGACUUUGACCCCUUUGUGACAAAUGCAUUGUUGGAUAUGUACGCUAAAUGUGGAAGUAUGGAAGAAGCACAUGAAGUGUUCGACUCUACUUAUCGAAAAGAUGUGGCCUGCUGGAAUUCAAUGAUCUCGUCGUAUGCCCAACAUGGAGAAGCAAAAGAAGCUUUGACGAUGUUUGAAGAAAUGAAAGAAAAAGGAAUUGAACCGAAUUAUGUUACAUUCGUGGGAGUUCUCUCUGCUUGCGUCCAUGUUGGGCUUGUAGAAGAAGGAUUAAUCCACUUUCAGUCAAUGCCCAGGUUUGGGAUAGAACCGGGAACUGAACAUUAUGCUUGUGUGGUUUCUCUGUUGGCUAGGGCUGGAAGGCUAGAUGAGGCCAAAGAAAUGAUUAAGAAGGUUGUUCCGGUUCAAUUAGCUGCUAUAUUGUGGAGGAGCUUGCUUAGUGCAUGUAGAGAUAUUGGUAAUGUCGAAAUGGGCAAAUAUGCAGCAGAGAUGGCGAUUUCGAUUGAUUCAAAGGACAGUGGCUCGUAUAUCUUACUUUCAAAUAUUUUCGCGGCUAAAGGUUUGUGGAAUGAAGUUAGAAAGGUCAGGGAGAGCAUGGAGUUUGCUGGAGUGGUUAAAGAAACUGGAUAUAGUUGGAUUGAGUUGAACAAUAAAGUUCAUGGCUUUGCUGCUAGGGAUGAAACACAUGAUGAUGCAGAAUUGAUUUGGCUAGUUUUGAAUAAUUUGAUUCAACAUAUCAAAUUGGUUGACGACAUUUCCUCUGUUUUGUUUGAAUGAUACGAAUUGAUAUCAAAUUUAGAUUUUGUAAUUUGUUGAAAUAUGAACCCUAUAUAAAUAGAUUCCAUUUUGAAAGAGUUAGAAAAUAUACACUCUAGUU